AGUUCUGUGAUCUCUGGAUUUGUAACACUUGUGAAAAUCUUGAUGAAAACGAUCUAGCCCUACUCAAUGCAUCAACUAAUGGAACUCACUGGUACUGUCACAAAUGUGAACCGCAGGUUAAUUACAUUAUUGAGCAAGCCAAAUCAGGUAUUUUUGAUGUUGCAAAAUCUGUAGCAAACUCCCUAAUGUCAAUCAAGAAAGACCAGAGUCUGACAAAGAAAAGCGUUGAUUCAGUCUCAAUUAAAGUUAAAAAUCUCCAAGAUUUGUACAACAAUGUCUCUCAAAAAAUUGACACAUUCAAUGAGUCAGCAAAAGAGAUCAAUUUAGGGAAGGGAGCAGUUGAAAACUCACUAAAGGAAGUUGCCCAGCUUAGUAGGUCAUUCUCUUCAGUAGUGAAAAAGUCUGAGAACAAAAUAUACCCAAAUGUUGCUGAAUCAGUAAGAAGCGGUUUUAAAAGUGUCAAUGAUCAAGAAAGACGCAGGAAGAACAUCAUUCUCCAUAAUCUAGAAGAGUUCACCUCACUUGAAUUCGGAACUGCAGAAUCACAGGACCUAGAGGAAGUCAAACAGAUCUUCGAAGAUGGCCUCGAGCUUCCCAACAUCCAGAUAGUAAAAACAAUAAGAUUAGGUAGAAAACUCAACAAACCAAGGCUCCUUCUUGUCAUGAUGAAAGAUGACAACUACACUGGACAAAUACUGUCCCGCUCACGCAAACUCAGGUAUGAAGGACGGUGGACCAAUGUGUACAUCCACCCAGACCUAUCGCCAGAAGAUCGAGAGAUCUCCAGAAAACUGAGAGAGGAAUUGAAAGAGAGAAGGGAAGCAGGAGAAGAAAAUCUCACUAUCAGACGAGGGAAAAUAGUAUGUAUUACUCCCGACGUGGAAAAUCAACAAUAUCAUCGUGGAAAUACAACCCAAAGGACACGAGGCAGAGGUGGAACAGCCCCCAGAGGAGGUCUGUCACAACGUACCAACAGGGCCAUUCCCCCUAGGGUUCAAGAUCAUGAUAUGAAUCUCUGCUACCGAGAUGACACGACGCAAUACAAAUCAACCUCAUCUCUCACCACAACCAAAAGUGACAACAACCCUGCGCCCCAAUCCAAACGAAUCAAGAAGGACAAAUCUACGUCUAAGUCUGACGAUAAAGCAAAACCAAACCCCAAGCUAGAUUCAAAAUGUCCCACUGAAACCAAACCAACUGAUGCAAGGCCAAAAGAAUUUAAAAAGUCAACUAUGACACUGACCCCGAAAGACCAGCCAACCCCAAUUGAGAACUCCUUUAAAACCCUGUGUGAUCUUGGCCAGGAUGACACACCACAACUUGAUGAAGAUUUGGACACACUCGACACUUGCAGUGUUAUUAGCAGUAGUUCAGACAACACAGGCCCUUAUGAGAGUUCAGCUGAAAUUGAUGAAGUAACAUCCAUUGAUAAUCCGCCCAAUCCAGACAGCACCCAAACCCCAAUUACAUCAGUAUGGACCAGCCCUGCCCCACCCUUAUCACAAAACUGUGGAAAAGCUCUGAAUGAUCACGACGGCCUGUCCCAGGCCACGGGUGAACAGUGA